UUUCGUCGCAGCAAAGUGACUAAUAUUUUUCAAAGCAGAGCUACUUGCCAACAACGGUAACCCCCUUGCCAUUCACUUCGCUGUGCUAUUAUUGUGUAGGGGGAGGAAGAAGGCUCGGAUCCCUUGCCAGGGCCAAUGGAAGCAAGCAGUGCCUUCUAAUCAGUCAGAUUAUAUCACUUAUAUCAUAUACUGUAUUCGGUGUUCUGAUCAAAGUUGAUCUUUCAGUCUGUCAAGAGAGCGGGAAGGAGGUUUUCGUCUGCUACAAUGGAAUUACGAAUCGUGUCUGUGCCGUGGAAAAUUUGGUGGAAUUUAUUCUCAGCAGUCAUUUUAGUACUUCAAUUCAAACGUUCUUUCGGGGAACUUCGUCUUGGUGGAGGUAGUACGGCACGAGAGGGCAGGCUUGAAGUUGCCUACGAGAAUAACAUCCAACCGGGAAAGUGGGCCUCUGUAUGCGGGGACGGCUGGACCAACGAGGAUGCUAUAGUGGCCUGCAAUGAGGCGGGGUUCCCGGGCCCUGCUGUGGCUAUCAGGCAUGCUAAGGAGAAAUAUGGAGAGAGUUACCUCAAUGUCAUGCUUACCAAUGUCAAUUGUAAUCCAGAAGCUCCAAGUCUGCUGGAGUGUCGGAAUACAUCCGCUGACGCCAGACCGUGCAGGACAGGUCGAGAGGCAGGAGCUAUAUGUCAAAUGCCAGGCUACGAGGGAUGUUAUAAGAUGGUGGAGGUUUCCCUCAAGAGCGAUGCCUUCAUGAUCAGCAAGAACAUGACCCUUGACACCUGCAUGGGAUUCUGUAUGAACCGGACCAUCCGCUUCAGUGGAGUAUCAGUGGACCACUGUCAUUGCUGGAACUACAUGCCGAACACGACAACUGAACUCAUGGCUGUUGCACACCACCACUGCAUCCAGCACUGCCCCGCCAACCCUCUGCAGGUCUGCGGUGGCACAAAGGGGGUCCUCAAGACGUUUGCCGUUUACGACACAUUCGUCGGGUUCUGUAACGACCCUGGUGACAUCAUGAAUGGAUUCCGUGACAGUGAUUGGUUUCAGUUUGGUUCCCUAGUAACGUUCCAGUGUGAUGAGGGUUAUGUGUUGGAAGGCAGUCAUAAUCUGACCUGCAUCGAGUCAGGUCCAGGAUACGACUGGAACGAUGCCUCACCGAUUUGUGCCAGACUUAUUGUGACGACACCGCCUCCUACUAUGCUCACAGGAGAAGGCGGUAUCUUAACCGAUCUUAACGGAGAGCAGAAACUGGAAGUACUUUAUGUUGGUAUUGUUGGUGGUAGUGUUGGUCUCUUGCUCCUCAUCGUUAUCAUUGCAUUCGCUAUAGCAUGUUGCAAAUCAAGAAAGAAAAAGGUAAAGACGUUGAUUAACGAGGACGAUGAGGAAGCACAGAUGAGCCGACUGAGCAAAAAGAAAAGAAAGAAAUCAAAGAAAACAAAGAAGGUGAAGAAGAAGCACAAAGAGCGAGAUAUUGAUGAGAAGGAUAAAGACGAGCUCGAACUCGAAAUUGACUCGGAAGACGACGGCGACAAUGCAGACGAGCCAGACAAAGACGAUUAUGAUGAGGAAGAAUCAAACGUCAAUGAGAACAAAGCCAAUGCUAAGCUAGACGUGGGUCCUAUCGCUACAGCCGAUCUCAGCUAUUACCAGACAGAACAGGAUCAAACCAGUAAGAACAAGAACAAACCGCUUCCCUCCGCCCGCGGACAGGGACGACCAACGUCGAGCAGCAAACCGGCUAAAUUCAACUUCAUCGAAACAGAUCAAAGAAAGAAUUCGAAAAGGAGUAGAGGUGGUAUGAUGAAAAAUGUCUUGUUUGUAAAAGGAAAAGGUGACAAUGCUUCAGAUGUUUUGCUCACAGAUCCAUACUAAAACUAUGAAAGUGAUAAUAACUAACAUUCGUAACAACGAUAACGAAAUGACGAAGUUUAAGUUUCUUCAGAAAAAGCAAUGAAGCACACGGGUUUUCCUAACAUUCUAACAAAAAA